CGAGUUUGUUGUGACCCUGUGUAUCCCCUUGGUACUGUAAUUCAACCACUUGCUGGCCUGUUGCCGCCCCACCACGGCCCCAUGGCGCCCCACCCAGCGCACUUUGUUCACUCAGGCUGCGCCUUGCCGCUCUUUUGCGACUCCUAUACAAGGAACAACAAGAGCACGGGACACAAGAAUCUCCGUUGCUUUCCCCAUUGCUGUGGUGCCCACCGACCAAACUCGUUUUGCGGGUCCUCGAUUGUGGUGGAAUGUCCCGUUGCAUGGCCAACACCAGCGACGUCAAUCGUCAGCUAUUGCCGCUUCGAAGCGUCCGACAUGUCUGACCAAGCCGUGAUUCAAGUUGACCAAGUUGUGUCCGUCGGGAAUCUGACGGCAGAAGUCAAGUCCACGGACGUGCCGCUCGGCACUUGGAUGACAGGCGAGCGGCUUGAAAUGGCACUGGGCGACUCUCCACCAUCCAUUCUCCACUUCGAAUUCAAUCGAGUUCGCCAGUCGUGGCAUUACGGCUGGCGGUCCAACCGCUUCAAUUGCAACAUCAAGCACGCAUUUGUCGUGUAUGUGUUUGAGCAUCAUCAAGGCGCCUUGCGCUGCCUCAGCCGCGUCAUGUCUCCUCCAUUCACCAUCUGCUCCACAAGGCGAAGUGGUGUAGUCAAGCCACCUUUGUCCCCAGAACCCCUUGGAGGAGCCGAGUCUGACGAUGACGUUAAAGCUGAGGCGUCCCCUCAGCGCAAACGCACUCGCACGACCAAGUCCUCGACAGCCACCAGUUCUUCCACCGACGACGACGCUGUAUUCCUCCUUCCCAACCACAACGAAGACGACGAGCUCAUGCACACUGCCGUCCAGGAAAUGCUCCAGCUGGCCGAAGUAUACGCCCGAAGCGGGACAUUGAACAUUUCAGCGACCGCCCCAUCGACGUACGCAGUCUUGAUCGACUUGCUCGAUACCCACGUGUUUACGCGUACCACGCUUCAGUUCAUCCAAGGGUGCUUGGAACAAGGGCAGGUGGAUUUGCACCGCUCGUUUCGUCAACUGCUGUGGUUGAUGUGGAAGCAAGCGAGCGAGGACCUCGAGACCCGCCGCCAGCUCACCAUCGGACACGUUCUUGGCCACAUCCAACAGGCCUUUCCCUGGUGCGACCUCACCCAAGGCUACUACGACCCGUGGUUUCAUCAUUACACUACACUGGCCGCCGAAGUGAACAAGACCACUUGGCGGGACAGCCUCAAACCAGUUGCGCACGACGCCCGAAGCAGUUCCAAGCCCAUCUUUGGUCGGUGGCAACGGGAUACACCCGUGCAGCAUGGCCAGCUCAUUCACCAGCAUUUGCUCGAAAUGGGUAGUCGAAUAUGGACAUGCACGGGUGGUAGUGGUGGCGACACCUCGACUGUACAGAUGCAAUGGGAGUGCUCAGUGCACGCGCCAUGGACAGCAUUUCGACUGGACCAGCUGCCCCAAAGUCACCCCCAUCAACUGAUGGGGCCCUGUGGGCUCCCAACACUCGGCAGUGGCCUCCACUUGUGUGGCACUCGAGCGUGGGAAGAGAACCAGGGGGAUACGUUGGUCGUGGAGUGGUACUUUUGGCCUAGCCAAGAGGACCUACCGAGGAAGCGCGUCCGCGAACGCUUCACGCUGCUUGCAAGCACGAUUAACAGCAUGAUGUGCCAGCAAUUCGUCGAGCUGUGCUGGGACAAUAUCCACGACAUCGUUGUGGGCCCUGACGUGGCGCAGCGUGUGCUGCUCCCUGCCAACUGGCAAGUCCACCACAUCGAAACGUACUACUACCAUCGGAUUUUGGCAGAGUCCUAGGGACGGACGCCACCUUGGCAUUUAGAGAGGAACAUACUACAGUAGCAGUAAACUACUAACUAGUUAGUAUUUAAAAUGGGCUAUUGCAUCUGCACAUGUCGAAACGCCGACAUCCGCCA